GGUGCCACCACGCGCGGAAAAAUCAGCAGCUCCCGCUGCCGUCGCCUCCGCCUGGCCGCGUAAUUUAAUCCUCGCCAUUCCUCCACUCCACCUCCCUCCAUUUUGCUGCUGCUGCUGCUCUGCUCACCACCUCAGCUGCUCAGGUGCCGCCCAUCCCUUCAUCAGUUUCACUCGCCACGCCACACGGCCAUGGAGCGCGGCGGCCUGCGCGCGCUACCGCUGCUGCUGCUGCUCACGCUGCCGAUGAUUCCCGUGCCGGUCGCCGGCCCGGCAACGAUGACGACGGCGGCGUUCCUGGAGGAGGACGCGAUCCUGGGCGCCGUGGGGAGCGCGAGGCACGGAGGCAAGGGCCCCGCGAACGCGAACGCGAACGCGAGCACGAGGCUGCCGCGCGGUGCCGGCGGGAGGCAGCAGCACAGUCGCUACGACGUGGUGGCUGGGUCGUCGUCGUCGUCGUGGAAGGAGGAGAUCGCGGGGCUGGCUGGUCGUCCGGAGCUGGCGGCGUGGCUGCGCGCUGUGCGGCGGCGGAUCCACGAGCGGCCCGAGCUGGCGUACGAGGAGGUGGAGACGAGCCGCCUGGUCCGCGACGAGCUGGACGCGCUGGGCGUCGGGUUCCGCCACCCCGUCGCGCGCACGGGCGUCGUCGCCACGCUCGGCACCGGCCGCCCCCCCGUCGUCGCGCUCCGCGCCGACAUGGACGCGCUGCCCAUCCAGGAGGCCGUAGAGUGGGAGCACAAGAGCCGGGUCCCCGGGAAGAUGCACGCGUGCGGGCACGACGCACAUGUCGCCAUGCUCCUCGGCGCCGCCAGCAUCCUCAAGGCUCGCGAGCACCAGCUCAAGGGCACAGUGAAGCUUCUGUUCCAGCCGGCGGAGGAGUCAGGGUGCGGCGCGAAGCGGAUGAUCGAGGACGGCGCGCUGGAGGGCGUGGAGGCCAUCUUCGCCGUGCACGUCUCCCACCAGCACCCGACGUCCGUCAUCGGGUCCAGGACGGGCGCCCUCCUCGCCGGCUGCGGCUUCUUCAAGGCCGUCAUACGCGGCGGCGGCGGCGGCGGCGACACGCAGGAUCAUCCGCGCCGGGCCGCCGUUCCCGUCCUGGCCGCCGCGUCCACCAUCAUCAGCCUGCAGAGCAUCGUCUCCCGCGAGGCUGACCCGCUGGACUCGCAGGUGGUGUCGGUGGCACUCGUGAACGGCAGCGACAUCCACCACCACGCCGCGGCGGCGCAGCCAAAGCCUCAGGAGGAGCUGGUGCUGGCCGGCACGUUCCGCGCCUUCUCGAACGCGAGCUUCUACCAGCUGCGACGGCGGAUCGAGGAGGUGAUCACGGCGCAGUCGCGGGUGCACGGGUGCGUGGCUUCCGUGGACUUCUUCGAGGACCAGAGCUUCUACCCGCCGACGGUGAACGACGCGAGGAUGUACGGCCACGUGCGGCGCGUGGCGACGGAGCUCCUGGGCGGCGCCGCGGCGUACCGCGACGUGCCGCCCAUGAUGGGCGCCGAGGACUUCUCCUUCUACUCGCAGGCGGUCCCCGCCGGGUUCUACUACAUCGGGGUGCGGAACGAGACGCUCGGGUCCGUGCACACGGGGCACUCGCCGUACUUCAUGAUCGACGAGGACGUGCUCCCCACCGGCGCCGCCGUACACGCCGCCAUCGCCGAGAGGUUCCUCGCCGACCACGCCUCACUCAUGGGCAACGGCGCCGCCUCCUCCGACGACGAGACGGUUGACCAGGAGCUGUAACACCGGCCUCGGAGCCCGGCUAGUGGUGGGGUCUGUUGUGCCCGGCCGACGUCGGGCGCGGACACGGGUGGUUUUGGGGGGGAGUGUCCCGUGUGCGUCGCGCCGCCCGGCAGGCGGCGGCGGCGGGAACUGGUGGGGAUUUUGGCCGAUCGCUCGGGGCGUCAGAGUGUGGGCGUGGUGGCGGAACACGGGCUCGGGUUGGUUUAGCCUUUUUGGGGCCGACGGCGACGGGCUCUUGGUGGUGGUGCACCGAUCCGCGGGCGCGGUUCGUGUACCGUUCUUUUUCCCCGUGUUCCGUUUGGGGGCGAGCAAGGAACCAUACGUGACGGGCGGGCGGUGGGCGCGUGUGUAAAACACCUGGAAAGUGUAGCAUGCUGGUGCUGAUAUGAUGCAACAUACACAUGGAACCAUACGUACUUAGGCUGCUCUACAGAGUACUACGUGUGUUUUGCCCUAUGUUGGCGAGGUCUUGGAAACUGAUGAUGUAGCACCUGCAUUAUGAUAACAGGAUCUCUCUGGCUGACACGCAUGUUUCUGCAGUUUCCUCCUUUAUUGUUACACCUUACACGUGAUAAUGCUA